GCAUAAUAUUUUUCUUCCUCAUAACAGUAAACCAAUUUUGCCGAGCCAUCUUCUGAAGAAAUAAUACAUAUAUAUAUAUAUAUAUAUUUUGCUUAAUCAUUUUGAUCGCUUCUACUGCAGUUCUAAUCACCAAUGCGAACGGGACUCGUUGCCAAAUCGCAGAAACUUAAAUUUCAUUUUCUCUCGUUUCCAUAGCAUUCCUCUGCCUUUCCUGCUUGAAAAAACCAGCGAAUUAAGACGGAUUUAUCCAUCCAUUCGUUCUCAAAUUUGUUUCAGCAGUGAGGAUUAGGAAGAGCAAGUUGAAAGAUCAAUAUGGGAAACUGUCUAGCUCGUCAAUCAGAUUCUCCAAAUUCUCGUAGCAACUCCAACAAUGGCGCCAACAACAACCAAUUAGGGAGCUGCCAAUUAUCGAUCAGACACAAUAAUUCGAGACUCUUGCAGAGUACAAGCAGUUCCACUCUGCUUGGACGAAGCAGCAUCUCUGCUGGAAAUAGCAGGCUAUUUGGACCAAGUAGCAGUAACACAUACACAACCAGCAAUACGAAUACAUCUCUUUUAGGCUCUGAUAUCAGCCAAACGUUUAAAGUAAGAGGUGAAGAGGAGUUUCCUAAUGGGCAGAUCUUGGAUGUGGCAAACUUGAUAGAUUUCACUUUUGAGGAACUGAAGGCAGCAACUAGAAAUUUCAGACCCGACUCUGUACUAGGAGAGGGAGGCUUUGGCAGGGUGUACAAGGGUUGGCUUAAAGAUAGAGCAUCAUCAAGUAAUAACAGAUAUGAGGGAUUGGUUGUUGCCGUCAAGAGAUUGAAUUCCGAUAGCACACAAGGAAUUACGGAAUGGCAGUCAGAGGUGAAUUUCUUAGGAAGGCUUUCUCACCCCAACCUUGUAAAGUUGUAUGGAUAUGGAAGGGAAAAUGGAGAGCUAUUUCUGGUGUAUGAAUACAUGCACCGAGGCAGCUUGGCUAACCAUAUAUUCGGAAGUAAGAGCUUAUCACAUUACUUAAUUGCUGGACAACUUUCAAGCAUGUUUUUUGAUUUUGUUUGUGCAGGAGGAUCAAAUGUACGGCCACUGCCAUGGGACACAAGGUUAAAGAUUAUGAUUGGAGCAGCUAGGGGCCUAAAUUUCUUGCACUCGUUAGAGAAUAGAAUCAUAUACAGAGAUUUUAAGCCAUCCAAUAUCUUACUUGACAAGAGCUACAUAGCCAAGUUAGCAGACUUCGGUUUGGCCAAAACUGUUCCUUCUGGCGGCAGGACUCAUGUGACGACAAGGGUGAUGGGAACUUACGGUUAUGCAGCCCCUGAGUACGUGGUCACAGGUCACCUGACUAUGAAAAGCGACGUGUAUGGAUUUGGGAUUGUUUUGGUGGAGAUAUUGACAGGCAAAGCGAUAUCUGAUAUACUUAAGCAUAUGGGUAAGGACCAAUCAUUAGUUGAUUGGAUCAAGGCAAAUCUAUUGAGUAGAUGGAAGAUGAGGGAGACGAUGGACAGAAGAUUGGAGGGGAAAUAUCCACCCAAGUUAGCAUUACAAGUAGCUCAACUUGCUCUAAAAUGUGUGGGAACGGAGUAUAAACUCAGGCCACCAAUGAAAGAAGUUGUCGAGGCAUUAGAACAGGUUGAGGCAGCAAAUGAUAAAACUACUGACAUCAGAAAACGUGCCAUUCAUUCUGGAGCAGCUCAACUUCAUGGUCGCCCAGAUGGAGGUUAAAUUGGAAGAGAAGAGUCUCUCCCAAGAAGUCCCUGCUCUAUUGGCAUAUGAUUGAGCUUUGAAAUGGGCAUAUAUAAGUAAGAACCUGAUGAGAUCAAUCAAAGGACAUGUUUGGAAAGGCCACGCUUUCUUUGAGUGAAUAUAUGACAUAUAGGGUACACGCACUCCCUCGAGAUCAUAAAAAACACAUGGCUCUAACGUUGACAAUUGACAAACAACCAAGUGCGGGUCCUUUGGUUCUGCUUUCCUUGAAAUUCUCAAGCUUUUCUAGGGGCCUCCAUUAUGAUGCAAUUGUGAAAUCACACACCAAAGGCAGUCCAUCAAUUUCAGCAAUCUACGUUGUCCAUUGACUUAUGAUUGUAAAAUUUAUUUAUAGGAGAUGAGUGUAUAGUAACUAUUAGACGUC